CCCCGUCGCCCCUCUCCAUGAAGCAGUUCCUGGACUUCGAUGUCUUGGGAGUUGAAGACCCCCAUCACUACCAAAUCCUGUGUCUUGGACGAUUUUGUUUGUUUUAAUCUAGUCUAUUCUCCCAUGCUGAGGAUCUGAAAAUGCUUGUGAAAAGACUUCAUUUAUGUUUUUGAGACAAGAGUUGCCUGUAAGAUUGGCAAACAUAAUGAAAGAAAUAAGUCUGCUUCCGGACAACCUUUUAAAAACACCAUCAGUUCAGCUGGUGCAAAGCUGGUAUGUCCAGAGUCUUCAGGAAAUCCUUGACUUUAAGGAUAAAAGUGCAGAAGAUUCACAAAUUAUUCAUAGGUUUACAGAUACUGUGAUAACAAUCCGGAACCGACACAAUGAUGUCAUUCCUACAAUGGCUCAGGGUGUGACUGAAUACAAGGAAAGCUUUGGUGUUGAUCCGGUGACCUGUCAGAAUGUGCAGUAUUUUUUAGAUCGUUUCUACAUGAGUCGCAUUUCAAUCAGAAUGCUCCUCAAUCAACACUCUUUGCUGUUUGGUGGGAAAAUUAAAGUUAAUCCAGCUCAGCCCAAACACAUUGGAAGCAUUGAUCCUAACUGCAAUGUUGUCGAAGUUAUUAAAGAUGGCUAUGAAAAUGCUAAGAGACUUUGUGAUUUGUAUUACAUGAGCUCUCCAGAACUUAUGCUUAAAGAGUUGAAUGCAAAAUCAUCAGGACAAUCCAUGCAAGUAGUGUAUGUACCAUCUCAUCUCUAUCACAUGGUUUUUGAGCUUUUCAAGAAUGCAAUGAGAGCCACCAUGGAACACUGUACUGAUCGAAGCAUUUACCCUCCAAUUCAAGUACAUGUCACAUUAGGCAAUGAGGACUUAACUGUGAAGAUAAGUGAUCGUGGUGGUGGCGUUCCUAUGAGAAAAAUUGAUGUACUGUUCAACUAUAUGUAUUCAACUGCACCACGUCCUCGUGUUGAGACAUCACAUGCAACACCUCUGGCUGGGUUUGGUUAUGGUUUGCCUAUAUCACGUCUGUAUGCACAGUACUUCCAAGGAGAUCUGAAACUCUAUUCCUUAGAGGGUUAUGGUACAGAUGCCGUUAUCUACAUAAAGGCUUUAUCAACAGAAUCAAUUGAAAGGCUCCCUGUGUAUAACAAGGCAGCUUGGAAACAUUAUAUGGAAAACCAUGAAGCAGAUGACUGGUGUGUGCCAAGCAGUGAACCAAAGGACAUGACCACAUUCCGCAGUAUAUAACUGUCCAGUAUCCAGAAACAGGAAACAUACUUUUGUUGUUUGCAAACACACUGCUUUGCUGGGUUACACCAAAUAUGGUUCAAAUUCUUUGUGGAAAUGUUUUUAGUGGGGAAUAAUAGGAAGUUGAAGUCCAGAACAGUUUUAUAAUACUACCUUGAGUAAUUAAAGCAAAGUAUACAGUUUAGGAAAUACACUUGUAAUUUGUUCCACUUUGUAUUUUCAGUUUACUUUCCUACCUAGAACUAAGGAGCAGUAAAACUAGAUUUUAAACAGGGUCCAUGGCAACUUAUUUCUCAGCUGCUUUGAAUAGCACAAAUCACACAACUCUGCUAAUGAAAGCAUUAUUCAAAUACCAGCUAGCUAGAGACACCAGUUAUUUGUACUGAGCAGUGGAUGAAGUUCUCAAAUGAUCUAAACAUUGAUGGAUGAAACAAUUAAGUAAUUUAAAGCAUUAAUAGACUUAUAAAUUCAGUCAGGCAACCUUUCACACUUUUCAACCAUCUUCUAGCCAAGGAGCUCAAAAGUGUAUUGCAACCUUGAAUAAAUUUAGCAAAAUUAGAAGCAAAUAUUUGAAUUUAAGUACAGAUGCUCCAGUAGGUAAUCAUGUAGUUUCAUUUACUGAAAUCAGUGAAUUUGUGUGUACUACCAGCAUUAGAUGCACUCAGAGGAACAAGGCAACAGCUAUAAACUAUUAAGUUGUGUUGUAUUUGCCUAUACAAUUUCAGCUCUGAAAAUAAUUUUUUAAAAUAGCUCUUUUUGAAAAUCCACUCUAAAUGCUGCUUUUGGUAUAAAGCGUUGUAGGUAUCUAAUAGUUACAGGUCUUCUGAGAACUAUAUUGAAAAUUCAUGACAGACAGAAGAUAGCAUACUUAAUGUGAAAUAGUAGCUUCUCAGGGUUUAUAAUAAAGAUUUACAGGUCAUGUCCAAAUAUCAUUUGUGAGUAGUGAGUAAUUUUGACACUCUGGUGAAACCUUGAGCUCGGGGAUCAUUUGUUAGGUGACACCAGUACUACUGUUAAUAAGCAGAAGGUAUUGCAAAAUUUGUUUCUUUACUGGGCAGAUCACUGAAAUAGCUGGACAACGGGUCUACCCAGUUAACCAGCUUUUCAGGUUUAUCUAGAGUGCAAUUAAUGUCAAAAUAUCAGUUUUUGAUAUACUGUUUUUUUUUCUUAUAAUAUUUCAGGUCUAUCCGCUCCCUUUCUAGUGAGGGAUGCAACCAUGCUGAUACCUUCAGCUUUGCUGUUGACCACACCAGCUAUUUAAGACCAUAUAAUCUCCAGGUCAUAGAUAUACAUCUCACUCAAUUCUCAUUUCCCCAAAACUCAGAAUGCUACAGUGAAGCACUUGCAGUCCCAGUGCCUAACAUAGAUGACCAAUGCUUAAUUCCUGUAUCGGUGAGGGAUGUGGAUGUGCCACCUCAGAAAGCACGACCUAUGUUUAGCACUCUACCAGAUCAAAAUAGAGUAGAGGAUGGUGGUCUGCCUGAUCACAACCCCGUGAUUUAUUACUGAAUAGAGAAGGAAAGAGACUGGAACAGUAAGUAUGUUACAGUCCUAUUUGCAUGGGAUAACAUCAGGAGAAUUCUCAUCUGCAAAUUGAGACUAGAUACUCCCUUACAUCAGAGGAGUGUUUGUUACAAACUUAAGUUUUGUUUGUGAGGCCCAACACCAUUGUAAAUACGUGUCAAAAAGGCAAUAUUUAUUUCCUAUAACUGAAUCCGGGCAGGAAAAGAGUUUAAAAAAUGGGGUCAAAUUUUAUAUAAAGGAGGGGAGUGUUUGCUAAAUGGCUGCAGCUGUCACUCUUGACAACCUAAUGCUUAAAGUAACAGCAUGGGUUUUUAAAAUGAAAAAAGUUUCAAAGCUUAUGUUAACAUAUUUGAACUUUUCAGGAAAAUUUGUAUAAAAUUUUGAAAUAUUUAAUUAUACUUGAAUUCAAUUAAACCGAUUUUAGUAACGUUUAAGAACAAAUAUGGCCAAUCAUUCUAUGGCAAAGCAUCGUAACAGUUUGCCUGUAAUGAAAAUCUUUUGAAAGAAUAAAAGAUUUCAUGUGGAAUUACUGAUGUAAAAAAACCUUUGCUUAUAUCGUGGCUACCCAUAGCUUAACCUAAGUUUUGAUUAUCAAAACAAGUCAUGGCCCUUAAACUAUUCCAGUGUAGAUUAAUACUUUUUUUUUUUCCUCCUCCACUGACUGUGGUGGAAAUUAACCGUUUAGUAAAUUUCAGAAUGUGUAGUAUUUACCCCUAGACAUGAGGGUUGACUUACUUUGUUUGAUUUACUUCACUACAGUAGCUGGUUAAAAACAUUGAUUUUAUACACACAUCUUCAUUGCUGAAAAAAUAAUCAGUGAGAUGGUUGUCAAGUAUCAACAGAAAAAUGAACUGGCUGCAACUAAGGUGAAAUGGAUAGUUCUCUUGAAACACUGGGAUUCAGCUAUAUAUUUAUAUUUGAAUUUUUGCUUGUGUGUGGCAAAGUGAAACUGCAAGGUAAUUUUUUAUCAUAUUGAAGCAAUAAAUAUGUCCAUUGAUGCAAUUUAUAAAAA